AUGACUGAAAACCGUCGCACGUCAGCCGUCUCGUCGCCCAAGAUACCACCGGCGCCGCCAUUGCCACUGCCCAAGCAAAAGUCGCGCUCGUACUUUGAACGCUUCGUUGCGCAGCCCUUGACCACUGCCUAUGGAUCCCGCCCACCCAGUGUGCAUGCCCAUGGCCCAGAUGGCGGCCCUCCGAACCCUCUAGUGCCGAAGCUUGCCGGCAUCCGCACAGGCUAUUCCCAAGAUGCAAGCCACAAGACAGGCCUCGACAUCUCUGCCCUCGACAUCAACCGUGAACGUACCCAUGCCGUUCUCGCCGGCAAGGAAAUUCUAAAAACUGUUCGCGUGCAAGAUGCCAAGAUCGUCGACGAGACCAACCUGCGUGCUGCUGUCCUCCACUAUGCCGACUCGCAUGCCCGCCAGCGCGAGGGCUUGGGCAUACACGACGUAAAAUGGUCCCACGGCCAGUUCAGCUCGCAUAUCGCAACUGCCGCUGCCAAUGGCAAAGUCAUACUGUACGACCUGAACCGCGCAAGCGUCGAGCUCACCAGACUGCACGAGCAUACGCGUCAGGUACACAAGCUGGCUUUCAACCCUCAUCAGGGCCAUCUGCUGCUGUCUGCGAGCCACGACAACACCGUUCGCCUGUGGGACCUACGCGACAUGCGCAGAGACGUCACCGUCUGUCGCAGUCGAGACCACUAUGCUGGCAUGAACGGUGGCAUUCGUGAUGUUCAGUGGUCACCUACUGACGCUGUAGAAUUCGCUUUCGGUACUGAUAACGGAACCAUCCAGCGAUGGGAUUUCCGCCAUAACAAGGGUCCUAAGCAGAAAAUUACGGCUCACGACCAGCGCAUCUGCACUUCCAUCGACUGGCAUCCAGACGGCAAGCAUCUAAUCAGUGCUGGCGUCGAUCGAACGGUCAAGGUCUGGGACUUCUCCAUCACUGGCCGCCGCCAGAAAGCUGCUUACGUCCUGCACACACCGUUCCCAGUCUACCAAGCGCGCUGGAGACCACCGUACUGGUCCGAUGAGUACCACGAAAAGGGCGUUUACCAGUGCACACAGCUCGCCACGUCUUAUGAUCGCGAACACUCCGUCAUCCAUGUGUGGGACUUCCGUCGACCGUUCCUGCCAUUUCGGGAGAUUAAUAAGUUUCCUAGUGCUCCCUCCGAUAUGCUUUGGCACUCGCGUGACACCCUGUGGACUGUGGGGAAGGAGGGCAUUUUCCAGCAAAACGACGUCCAUCACGCCCCAAAGACCGUAGAUCGGCGCAACCUGCAGGCUCUUGCAGUAUCGCCAAGUGGAGAAGUCGCCGCUGUUGCCCAGAAGAGGUCUCGGCAGCCGUCUUCUACAGGCUUGGCAUAUCCCGACGAUACGUACCUUGGUGAUCCACGUGCAAGACGCCGCCAUAGCCCUGAGAAAGGGAGUCUUAGAAGCUCAGCGGACGAUAGCCUAGAUGACAGCUUCCUGAUGUCGUCAAUGAAGCGGCAUCAUGGUCGCACCGCCAGUAACAGGUCAACCAAAUCGUUUAGCAGUACCCCGCCCUCUGACAUUGCACCCAAAGUCAUGUUUCUCAGUGAUUCUAUGGUCGCCUAUAGCGAGUCAUUCAGACCGAAUCAGGUCGCAAUACGAGGCAUAUUGCCAGGCGUGGCCAACCCUCAGAUCUUCGAGUAUCUCGCACAGAAGUAUAAGACCAUACCUCUUUCCGAUCCACCUGACUUGGAUUCCUUCCUCCGGCUGGAGAGGAUCUUUGAGCAGAACGCCGAGUACGCACAGCGGGCAGCCUUCUAUAGGCUCGCGCAGGCAUGGCGACUCGUUGGUACGUCCAUUGCUGUGGCGACACGACGACGUGCCGAGUCACACAGACAGCGAAGAAGGCUACAAUCGCAGAACACAGCGCUCCGACCGUCUGAGAAGAUGCACCAAAUCUCCUCUGAGCACAUGGAGCCACACGAAAAGCGCUUGACGAUCCCCCCAAAUCCUGCACCGGCAUCACCGUCCCGAUCGCCAUCGAUGCGAGAGAGCACGUCCAAUCUCGCAACCCCUCUUGCUCGUCCAGUUAUGAACCAAGCUGUCAACAACACUCAUAGACCAGACUUGCUCGAUAUUGAUCAGGAGGACAUUGAUCAGCUUCCGCCCGCUGUUACUGGACCACCUGUCGACGCGAACAAAACACUCGCACCGUCGCAAAGAACGUUCAGUGGACCACAAUGGUACCACUCGGGAGACGACAUUGACGAACGCCGUGCUUUGGUCGGCAGCUACCGCGCAUCGCCCCGAAUCCCAUUGAGUCUCGCGCCGAACAGCGCACAUGGCGCUAACAUGAACGUGCCUCCCCCACUAGAGCGACAUGAUUCUGGUGAAAGCUUUACCAUGUUCUCUGCGUCCUCGGAUUCUCAGAGGGGCAAUUCCAUGCCAAGCUCCUUCGCUAGUACCAAUUCACAAGUAGGCCAAGAGCAGUCCUUGUCAGAUGACUGGCAAGCUGUGCAGGAACACUCCAGCUUUGGAAAGCCAAGGAACACUGGAGAUCGAGAGUUAGGCAAGAGUAUCUCGAUUUCUCCAACAACAGUGCCUAUUGGCAAAAGUAUCGCUCAUGCAAACCAGACAUAUCCACCAAGUUCGGCGGAUGGGUUUGACAGUGGAGAAAGAGCUGUUCGCGAUAUGGAACAUCUGCGACGAAAUAACCAACUGCUCCGUCACGACAGUUCUGAUUCCGAAGCGCUCACGAGUAUCUCCUCGUCAUCGUUCGAAUUCAACGCUGAAAUGGAGGCAAGCGGAACCAUUGUGCCUGAUGUAUUCGAGGACUUGAGAUCGCCGUAUGUCCCUAAGCCACCCGCUCCAUUACCACAUGUGUCUGGGGGUGCGCCUCCGAUUCUCGACCCAGCAGCCGAGGAAGGAUUACUGGUGUCUGACUUUCAGGCUGUGCACGUUGAUGCCGAAGUCGGUUUCCCCUAUUCCGUCAUUGGACUGCUGAAUCAUCUUCUCGAUUACCAUACGGAUGCUUCGGAUGCACAGUUCAGUUCGAUUCUCCUUUUGCUUCUAGCCCCAUUGUUACCACAAACUCACGGCCCCACUGAUACUCCAGAUGUUCAUGUGGGAGACGUCUUGAACGCCUUCAGUGAUACCUUUGUCUCCUUAGGUCUAACUCAAGCACAAGCAAAAGCCAUACUCUCGACGCAAUUGAGCCAACUGAUAGCUACUGGUAUCAAUCCCUACCAAGCAGAGUCCAUCCUCCACACCUACCAUGCGCAGCUACAAUCCUUGUCGCUAUUCAAUUCCGCCGCUACCCUCCGUCGAUUAGCGUAUCCGACAUAUCCUGCCGUCUACGAGCAAGCGCUGAAAGAAACACAAGUUGGCCUACUGUGCCUAAGCUGCAAGUCACCGAUCAACAACCCUAGAGACAAGAUGCGAUGCGAAUCAUGCAAGCGAAUGCAGGCACCCUGCCCGGUUUGCUGGGCCAAAUACCCGGCUUUCGAAUCGAUCACUGCAAAGAAGAAAUCGAAGGCGAAGUCGCGCUCGGCCUUCAAGGAUAAAGGACAUAAAAGACAACGAUCGUCCCUCAUGUCGCAUCCAGACCAUGAUGACGAUCAGGUCGCGGAUGGUCCCUCGCCGACCACUACCGCCAAUUGGUCGCCGCCUGCAGCUACACUCUGGACGUGGUGCCCACUUUGUGGACAUGGAGGGCAUUCAAAUUGUCUAUCAACAUGGUUUGCUGACCCGGUACUAUCAGACGGUGCCUGUCCGACCGAGGGCUGUCUUUGCGACUGUGUCCAAGGCAAACGCCGCGACACAAAGAUUCAGGAAAUGCUACUCAAGAAAGCAGAGAAGGACCGAUCGAAGAUCGUGCGCAAAGGUGACGAUUGGAAGGUGGGGGAGAGUAAAGCCGUGUCCGCGGUUCGGAAUGCUGCUCUUGAUACUAUUCCAGAUCAACAGCAGCCGAAUUCUGGGACCACAACACCGACUCGUCGAUGA